AUGGCUCGUACUAAGCAGACAGCUCGUAAAUCUACCGGAGGAAAGGCUCCCCGUAAGCAAUUGGCCACCAAGGCUGCCCGUAAAUCGGCUCCGGCUACUGGAGGAGUCAAGAAGCCUCACAGAUACCGUCCAGGAACUGUCGCUCUCCGUGAAAUCCGUCGUUAUCAGAAAUCCACUGAGCUUCUUAUCCGCAAACUGCCAUUCCAGCGUUUGGUAAGAGAAAUCGCUCAGGAUUUCAAGACUGAUCUCCGUUUNNNNCAGUCUAUCCUUCUCCCCAAGAAGACCGCCGGAGAAAAGGAAUAG